GACCGAGAGAAGCAGAGUGCCGUAAAGCAGGAUGUUUUGGACAGGGGAGGUCAUUAGAAAGUGAGACUGUCUGGUUAAAUUUUGCGCGCAGAAGUCACACAGGUGUCAGAUAUUCUCAUACCACAGAAGCCUCGAUUGUACCCGGGUUUGUUUUAUUUAAGUUACUCGAGUUAGAAAUGUUGCGUUUAGCGUUGAGACUGAGGCCAGCGGUCAGGGUGAGCCGCCCGGGUGUCCUCUCAGGCCCGGGCGCUGGAGCGCGUUCUGGACCGGUACCGUGUCCCAGGAGCGGCUCGUGCCGAGUCCGGGCUCUGAGUUCCGGGAGACAUGUUCACUACAGCUUUCUCAACUGCAGAACGCGGACAUUACAAACACAACAUGCCGCUUUCAGUCAGAGCAAGAGAGUCUGCAGUCUACCGCCUCACCAGAAGGUGGAGCUUCCUGCUUUAUCUCCCACCAUGCAGAUGGGCACCAUCGCUCGCUGGGAGAAGAAAGAGGGGGAUAAAAUUAACGAGGGAGACCUGAUCGCUGAGGUGGAAACAGACAAGGCCACUGUAGGAUUCGAGAUGCUCGAGGAGUGCUACCUCGCCAAGAUCCUGGUACAGGAGGGUACAAGAGACGUGCCCAUUGGAGCAGUUAUCUGUAUUACUGUUGACAGCCCUGACCUCAUCCCAGAGUUUAAGGACUUCACUCUGGAAAAAUUGGCCGCUUUAACUCCAGCUCCAGCACCAGGAACUCCACCUCCAGCAGCCGCCUCCUCUGCUCCCUCUCCUCCACAAGCCCCUGGCAGCUCGUACCCACCGCACAUGAAGAUUGUUCUGCCAGCUCUUUCCCCCACUAUGACGGUGGGUACGGUGCAACGCUGGGAGAAGAAAGUGGGAGAAAAAUUGAACGAAGGCGACUUGCUCGCUGAAAUUGAGACCGAUAAGGCUACAAUUGGUUUUGAGGUCCAGGAAGAGGGCUACUUGGCUAAGAUCAUGGUGCCUGAGGGAACAAGAGAUGUCCCCCUUGGUACCCCUCUGUGCAUCAUGGUAGAAAAAGAGUCUGACAUUCAGGCGUUCGCUGACUACGUCGAGACCGGUGUGGCUGCUACCCCACCUCCAGCUCCUACACCAGUGGCAGCUCCUCCCACUCCGUCAGCCCCUGCGCCGGCUGCGGCUCCUGCUCCUGCUGCUGCUGCCAGGAAGGGCAGAGUGUUCGCAAGCCCUCUGGCCAAGAAACUGGCUGCUGAGAAAGGGAUUGACCUCUCGCAGGUCACUGGUUCUGGCCCGGAUGGCAGAGUAACCAAGAAAGAUAUUGAGAACUUUGUCCCAGCCAAGGCAGCUCCUCCGUCAGUCGCUCCAACAGCAGCUCCUGGAGCACCAACGCCCGCUCGUGCGCCAGCUGUGGCACCCGUACCCACCGGCACGUUCACCGACAUCCCCAUCAGCAACAUCCGCAGAGUGAUUGCUCAGAGGCUGAUGCAGUCGAAGCAGACUAUUCCCCAUUACUACUUGUCUGUGGAUAUCAACAUGGACCAAGUUCUGGACCUCAGGAAAGAGCUCAACGCGGAGGUGAAAGCAGACAACAUUAAACUAUCAGUGAAUGACUUCAUCAUCAAGGCGUCAGCGCUGGCAUGCUUAAAGGUUCCCGAGGCCAACUCCUCCUGGAUGGACACGGUUAUCCGACAAAAUCACGUGGUGGAUGUUAGCGUCGCAGUCAGCACACCCAACGGUCUGAUCACUCCUAUUGUAUUCAAUGCUCAUAUCAAAGGCUUAGCAACCAUCAGUAAAGAUAUAACUGUGCUGGCUGGUAAGGCACGUGAUGGCAAGCUGCAGCCACAUGAGUUCCAGGGUGGCACUUUCACAGUCUCCAAUCUGGGCAUGUAUGGUAUCAAGAACUUCUCUGCCAUCAUUAAUCCUCCUCAAGCCUGUAUCCUAGCAGUGGGAGGCUCAGAAAAGAGGCUGCUGCCUGCAGACAAUGAGAAAGGGUUUGAUGUGGCCAGCAUGAUGUCCGUGACUCUCAGCUGUGAUCACAGGGUGGUGGACGGUGCGGUCGGGGCUCAGUGGCUGGCCGAGUUCCGCAAGUUCCUGGAGAAGCCCAUCACUAUGCUGCUUUGAGAUGCUGUCAGCCUAAAAUGCAGGACUCUCAGAUAAUCAGAGGUCUCUCUCAAAUGUUACAUGCUCGGGAUAUUGCCCCCCCCCCCCCCCUUUUUUUUUGGCCCCUGUUUGUUCCCCAUCUCUCGUACAUCUUUUUAAUUUUUUUUAAAAAGCUUUAACAUGCUAGGGCCUGGAAUAAUCUCUCAACCCAGAGUAAUUCAUUAUUGUAGAUCUAUUUGACUUUAGGAGGGACUGUUGGAAAAAGUCUGCAUGUCUCAUAAAUUCAUGGGGUCUGUAUGAAGAUUUUGAUGCUCUUUCCCCCUCCAUCGCCAUGGUCUCAAUGUUCUCUAAAAAAGUGGUACAUUGGAGGAUGUUCUGGUGGAGAAUGAAGUGCACCGUUUUCCUACGAAAGAGAUGAAAUGCUCCAUCUGUCCAUUUAUGUGCCAAAUUAUCUUAUAAGCAAGUUGUAAUGUCAUUUCUGUUAUCUGGAUAUAAAACUGAACCCCUGGCACUCGUACACUUUUUUUUUUUUUUUUUCCUUUUUUUUUUUAAAGGUUAUCAACACUUCCUGAGCUAUAAACAGUGGUCUCCUCUCUGGUGAACUGUAAAAGCUUUUGACCCUGAAAUGCUGGUAGCCUUUAUUUAUUAUAUAAAAUUUCACUCCAGACAAAGCA